CUUUAAAGUCAGACGUGUAUUUUUUACGUCAAUAACCGGAAACACAGCUGCCAAAUGAGCCUCUAGCGAUAUCUAAAGCUACAUCAUCACUUGACUCAGCCAGAUCGAGUACUAAUGAUUUCAAUAAAGGAUGUCUACAGACUUAAUGUUAGACUUGGAAAACCAACAUUAUCCUAUGAUGGACGCCGAGGAGAGAUUUGAGCAUUUGAACCAGGGAGGCGACUGGGACAUCCCUGGUUUUGACCUGGACGAUGCCACAGAGUGGAUAGAUGCUUUUCAAAAUGCUGGCUAUGCCUGUGAUGGUCCAGAGCUGGACUUCGAUCUUGACUUGCCUCUGUGGAAUGAUGUGAACACCAGCAGUAUCUACACAGAUGGUGAGAUGAGUGUAGGGUCUCUGUCACCUGCCCACACUUUUAGCUCCGCCCCCUCUCCUGGGUCUAUGGGAUCUUUCUCGCCACACUCUGUACAAGAUGAGGCGUUGUCUCCUCAGUCCCAGCCCUCUCCUGUGUCGGUCUGUUCAGACCUCAGUGGGAUUUCUGAAGUCACUCUUCAGGUUAAGAAGUCUCCAAGGAAAAGUAGUCAGACCUCAAGAGCAGUCAAGCCAGCUCUGCCAGUAAAGAGGCCGAUUCAUUGUGGACCUAAAGUAUGUAUCCAGCCUAAGCCAGUGAUCGCAGCAGUUCCUGUGGCAGCAGCUCCCCUGCAGGCGAAGACCAUCAUCAUCCAGCCUGUGCAGACCAACUUGGUGCCUGUCAUCAAACCUACUCCUAUUAAUAUCCAACCAGCGCCUCCUCAAGGUCAUCCCAUAGUUCUAUCCCAGCCGAGCCAGCUGCUGCAGAUCAGUACACCGCAGACCGUCACUGGCAAUGUGGUCACUAUUCCAACGCUGGAAAGGCCUGUUUCAGUUGCAGCGCCUCCACUCGUCCCUGUCACCCUUAAAGCGUCCUCAGAUGAUGAUUCAAAGUUUUCCCAGAGGCAGCAGCGAAUGAUCAAGAACCGGGAAUCAGCGUCCCUGUCACGAAAGAAGAAGAAGGAUUAUCUGUUUUCACUGGAAGCUCGUUUGAAAAUGGCUUUGUCUGAGAACGAGGUCCUCAAGAGCGAGAACGGAAACCUCAAGAAACAACUGGAAGGCCUGCUCAACGAGAACACUGCUCUGAAGGCAACUGCACCCAAGAGAAGAGCCGUUUGUCUCAUGGUGAUCUUGGUCUUCGUAUUCCUUAAUGUCGGACCAUUAAGCAGUCGCUUUCAGGACAGUUCUGGCCUGGAGGUUGUGUCCGUGCAGCACAGCAGACACCUGUUGGGUUUUUCUCCCGACGAUGCCAUUGAGAGGAGCACCGAGCCCUUAGGCGCUGGCCCCACCAUGGCUGCAGACAGCUCUGAGGACAAGGCGCUGAUGGUGAUGAAGGAUCCCGUCUUCAUCCGCCCGCCGCCGCCCUGCCAGCCUCCUGUGAACAGGACCAAGUGUAUUGAGUUGGCCCAUGAGUUAAGGGGUUGGGUCCACCGACAUGAAGUGCAGCAGACCAAAUCCAGGCGCAUGAGUAACAGGAAUCACAAACCCACCAGGACCAUUCUGAAAACCCCGGCUAAAGAUGCGGGAAGUGGCCACAUCAUGACAGUCCACUACACUGAACCCACUGAGGAUCGUCUUCCCGGCAGUGAGCUGCAGGUCUACUACGCUCCCCGAAACACGUAUAGCGACUUCUUCGACGAGAUCAACCGUCGCGGUGACACCUUCUACGUUGUGUCUUUCCGUAGGGAUCAUCUUCUCCUUCCUGCCACUCAUCACAAUAAAGGAAGGCGCCCUAAGAUGUCGGUGGUGUUGCCAGCGAUGAACAUAAAUGACAGCAUCAUCAGGGACCAGGAUCACGAGGUGAUGAUGCAGAUCGACUGUGAAGUCACGGACACACGGAUCAUCAACAUCCGCUCCUCCACCAUCCCUCCUUUGCUCCGGGUCAACCGCACAGAGACAUUUUAUCAACACGCCGCCACGGACAACCCGGCAGCCCCUCCUGUCGGGGUGUUGGUGGGUUCUGUUUAGUGCGGAUAAACCACAUCCUUAACAACAAAACUUCACAUCAUUUGUUAUAUGAAGAGGAAGUCUGACGUAGACUCUAGUCAACUUCCACCAUCCCUGCGCUGCCUCACAGAAGGGUAAUUGCUUAUCGGCGGGAGGGCAGAGCAUUGAACCCUGAGUCACCCCGUUACAUAGUAAGUACCUUGACAGCAUAACUUCUGUCCUCCAGGCUCGUUCUUUGUGAGUCUUCACUUGUAUCGAAGUUGUUCAAGAUGAUAACCUCAAGUUUCCGUUGGAUUUCUUUCUUGCGUAUAACUUUUUUUUUUGUUUAUGUCUUGUGUCGAUAAUGUUUUUAUACAGAAACAGCAAACACAGUGAAACAAAUAUACGGCGAACUCAGGUUGCAGCCAGUUAUAUUUAUUAAAAGUGCGUUCCAGGAAAGUGGCCUAACUGCUCUGGUAUUGUUAAACAGCUGCGCUAUUUUUGAUGUUGCCAAGCACACUGAGUGUGAAUAAAAAAUGGGGUUCAAUUCCAGGACAUACAGUAUGUGGGUGACUGUAAAACUGCUGGGAGGUUUCUUAACUGCACUUUUUGUACCACAACAUAUUUUUUUACAUCCACUAUCCGCAGAGAGCUUUUGCACUGUUCAUCCAGAGUUUUGGAAGAUGAUGCCUUCAGUAGUUUGUCCUGUGAAGUUGAUCUUAAAAAGAAGCAAUUUAUAGUGAGUCGUCCUGUCUGCAAUUGUCAGUUUUGUUGAUGGCUCGGUGUGAGCGUGGCUCUCCGGCCACACCGUGAUCCAGAUGGUCAUAGUUUAGCUCUACAGAUGCUAAUAAAAAAAAACAAAAAAAAACAACACAACCUUCACUUUUCAGCCUUGUGCGUGUGUGAGCGUUUAUUUUCGUGUGUUUGUUUGUAGAAAUGUCAUUGAUUCCCACGUCUGCCCUGAACAUUGGUACCUCUUGAACUGGUUUGCUUUUGAUUACUCUGCAAUAAACACUGGAUUUUCUUUGUGUA